UUUCUUUUGUGAAUGUGAUUUCUUAAAAAAUGAAACAGUUAAAACUUACAGGUUUUGUUAUUUUCUUUUUCUUUUUGACUGAAUCCCUAACCCUGCCCACAAAGCCUCAAGAUAUAGAUGAUGUCCGUAUCACCAAGAAAUUUAUAGAAGAUAAUGUUGUAUAUAUCACCAUCAUUGCAUUUGCUCAAUAUAUUCAGGAGGCAUCCUUUGAAGAAGUAGAAAUGUUGGUCAAAGCCAUGAAAGAAUACAGAGAUAGAUGCUUGGCUGACAUGACACUCCCAGAGUGUUCAAAAUUAGCUAAUGAUGUUUUACUGGAAAAUAUAUGUGCUAUGGAGGGGCUGCCGCAAAAGUAUCAUUUUUCACACUGCUGCCAUAAAGUUGACUUUGAAAGAAGACUCUGUUUCCUCCAUAAUAAGAAAGCUGAAGUAGGAUUUCUGCCUCCUCUUCCUACUCUGGAUCCUGAAGAGAAAUGUCAGACUUAUAAAACUAACAAAGAAUCCUUUCUAAAUAAUUAUAUCUAUGAGGUUUCCAGAAGGAACCCCUUUGUUUUUGCCCCUACACUACUAACUGUUGCUGCUCGUUUUGAGGAGAUGGCUGAAACAUGUUGUGAAGAACAAGAAAAAGCUAAUUGUUUUCGAUCAAAGGCAGAACCUUUCAUACAAUAUUUAAAAGCAUUGUCUUCUUACCAAAAAAAUGUCUGUGGGGCACUUCUGAAAUUUGGACCACAAAUCUUACAAUCUAUAAACAUUGCUGUACUUAGUCAAAAAUUCCCCAAGAUUGAAUUUAAGCAACUUACCUCUCUCCUAGAAGAUAUUUCUUCCAAAUAUGACGGAUGCUGUGGAGGGGAUGUUGUGCAUUGCAUCCGUGGCAGGAGCAAGGUUAUGAGCCAUAUUUGUUCAAAACAAGAUUCCAUCUCCAGCAAAAUCAAGGAGUGCUGUGAAAAGAAGAUACCAGAGCGUGGCGAGUGCAUAAUUUACUCAAAUAAAGAUGACAGACCAAAUGACUUGUCUCCAAGAGAAGCAAAAUUUACUGAAAGUGAAAAUGUGUGUGAGGAACGAGAUGCUGACCCAGAGACCUUCCUGGCCGAGUUUCUUUAUGAAUACUCAAGGAGACAUCCAGAACUAUCCACACCAGAGCUAUUAAGAAUUGCUGGAGUAUACGAAGAUCUCCUGAGAGAGUGCUGCAACUCGCAGACCCCUCCAGACUGUUACAAAGAUGCAGAAAAGAAAUUCAAUGAGACAACUGAGAAAAGCCUCAAGAUAGUACAACGGGAAUGUGAACAUUUUCAGAAUUUGGGGAAGGAUGACUUGAAAUACCACUACCUCGCCAGGCUCACAAAGAUAGCCCCUCAGCUCUCCACGGACGAACUGACUUUUCUCGGCAAGGAAAUGAUGAUUGCUUUGGCCACCUGCUGUACACUGAGUGAAGAGUUUGCCUGCGUUGAUAAUUUGAUGGAUUUAGUUCUUGGAGAGCUAUGUGGAAUAAAUAAAAAUCGAAGCAUCAACCCUGCUGUGGACCACUGCUGUAAAACAAACUUUGCCUUCAGAAGGUCCUGCUUUGAAGGCUUGGAAGCCGAUAAGACAUAUAUGCCUCUACCUCCCUCUCAAGGAUUAUUUACCUUCCCCCCAGACUUGUGUCAGGCUCACAACGAGGAGCUCCAGAGAAAGAAAGACAGGUUUCUUGUCAACUUAGUGAAACUGAAGCCUGAAGUAACAGAGGAGGCGCUCCGGUCAUCGCUGAUCGAGUUCACUAAUGUGGUGGAGAAGUGCUGCCAAGCCGAAGGGCCUGAAGCCUGCUUCGAGGAAGAGGGUCCAAAAUUGGCAGCCAAAAGUCAGGUUGCUUGAAAAGCAUCAAGUAAAACCCCCCAAAGGUUUCUGAGAAAAGAGGAGAAGACCAACUUACCUGCUUCCUAUUUGUCCUGUGGUGAAUUUCAUUUUCUGAGAGGAACACAGUAGAAAGAUUCUUCUGUAAACUUCAUCUGAAAUCAUGUUAUCGCAGCAAGCAAUAAACAACAGCAUUAUAAAGUUA